UAUAACCUGACAGUCGUCCUGUUUGCCUCACUUGGAUCAUUCUCCUAUGGCUAUAGUUCGUCUAUUAUUGCAUCAGUAUUUGGACUUCCUUCCUUCUUUAGUUAUUUUAAUCUCUCCCUUAUCGGGCCAAAUGCUACUAAAGCAAACGAUAUCAUUGGCGCGGCAAAUGGUCUCUUCUAUGGGGGCGGUAUUAUCGGAGCUCUUACUGUUAAUUACGUCCUAAACAAAUUUGGCCGAUGCAAAUCUAUCCAGUCAAUAUGCGCCAUCUGCAUCGUCUCGUCUGCUAUCCAAGGAGGCGCUAUUCAUAUCGCAAUGAUCUUGGUAGGCCGGUUCCUAAGUGGCAUAGGUGUGGGGAUGAUGCAGGUAGUCAUACCUGCAUAUAUGUCAGAGCUCUCCCCUGCAAAACAACGGGGCCGAAUGACUGGAUCACACGGAGUUUUUAUUGUGGUUGGAUAUACUGUAGCUGCCUUAGCUGGCCUAGGAUGUUAUUUCUCUAAGCCUGAAGUUGAAUGGCGGCUUUGCCUAAGCCUUCAGGUCGUUGCUCCCCUCAUCCUCCUUUCCGGAUCUGCCUGGCUUCCAGAAUCUCCAAGAUGGCUUCUUUCACAAGGCCGAGAUCAGCAAACUUUGGAUAUUCUGCGAGACCUACAUGACCAAGGAGAUGGUUCCUCUGGUUAUGGCGCGAAUGAAGAAUUCUACCAAAUUUUAAUUCAACUAGAGCUUGAAAAGAAGGACGAAGUAUUUGGAAUCUGGGAUAUGUUGAAGCGACGAUCAUACCGAAAGAGAAUACUAGCUGGGCUAUUGAUUGAAUUUGCCUCUCAGUCUACCGGCGUCCUAGUCAUCAAUAACUACCAAGUUCUCCUCUAUAACAACCUCGGACUUUAUGGCUGGCUCCCACUUCUCCUCUAUACUAUAUUUUCAGCUUGGGGUGCCUUUUCAAACUGGGUUAACUCCUUACUACUCGAUUGGCUCGGACGGAUCCCUGUUCUCACUUAUGGCCUCAUAGGCUGUAUUUCUGUGAUGAUUGUAGAAACAGCCCUAGUGGCAUCCUAUGCUUCAACAUCAAACAAAGGAGGCAACGCAGCAGCUAUCUUGUUUCUCUUUCUCUUUAUCAUGUUCUACGGAGGGACACAAGAUGCCAGCAGUUACGUGUACUGCAGUGAGAUAUUUCCGACCAGAGUGAGAGCUCACGGGUUAGGGAUAUGCAUUGCCGGCCUCUUCGCAACGGCUCUUUUAUAUACCCAGGUUUAUCCUACGGCUUUCGACAAUAUUGGAUGGAAAUAUUACAUCGUUUUUAUCUUGGUUCCCGCUGCAUGCGUACCAUUCGUCCGACGCCUCCCGGAGACCAAUGGUCUGUCACUUGAGGAAAUUACAGCAAAAUUUGGAGACGAGGUUACGACCAAU